CGUGUAGAGAGUGAACAAAGGCAGUUGGUUUGUACGCGUAGGCCAUGUCGUCCAUAGCCUCCCAAUUCGCGCGACAAGGGAGAAAGAUUGUGGCUAUUGGAAGGAACUACUCUGAGCACAUCAAGGAGCUCGGCAAUACGAGACCAAAGGAACCGUUCUUCUUCCUCAAGCCUACCACUAGUUAUGUUUCCUCGGGAGGGAACAUCGAGAUACCACGCGGUAUACUUGCUCAUCAUGAGGUCGAGCUUGGACUCGUUAUAGGAAAAAGUGGCAGGGAAAUCUCUCAGGAAGCUGCUGAAUCCCAUAUUGCUGGAUACGCACUGGCCAUUGAUAUGACGGCUCGAAACAUGCAAGAGGAGGCCAAGAAGAAGGGUCUUCCAUGGUCUGCCGUAAAGGGAUUUGAUACAUUCACGCCAAUAGGGAAAUUCAUUCCCAAGUCGACGGUCUUGGACCCUCAUGAGCUUAGGCUCUCGCUGAAGGUCAACGGUAUUACCAAACAAGAUGGCACCACUGCCGACAUGAUCUUCCGGAUCCCUCAACUGAUCGAACACAUUUCCUCUAUUAUGACUCUGGAGGAGGGUGAUCUUGUCCUGACAGGCACUCCCUCAGGCGUUGGGCCCGUUGCACCCGGCGACAAUGUGGAAUGCGCUGUAGCUGAUGCCAGCGGCAAGGUCCUGGAUGCCAUCGACUUUACGGCGGUCGCAAGAACUGGUGGUUACCUGUUCAAAUUAUAGCUGUGGUAUGCUUUUAUAUCCCAAUGCUGCAUCAUCACCAUUUGUACACGUCCGCUGUGAAAUAGAGCAUAUACUAAACU